GGGUUAGUCCCAAAGUGAGUAUAAUGGCUCCAUCUCUCUUUUCCCUGGCCUGAUAUGGCUAUGAAUGUGUGUAGAGCAGCAAACUUUUAAAUUCGGUUUCGGUUCAUGUUUUUUUUUUUUUUUAUAGGUACUCUGUAGUCGUAAGGGUAGUAGAAAUGAAAAUGUUAAAUUGAGUGCGGCGGCGGCUACGAGCAAGACUGUGAAAAUGUUGCUGCGAAUCGUUCAGAUCCGAAAAAGUUGAGAAAACAUUGCACUUUAUUUUAUAUAGUUUUUUUUUGUGCUAAAUAAGGAAAUUUUUUUGAAAAUUCUUUUCCAAAAGUGUGUAAAAGUGGAUAUACUAUUGUGAUUAACGGUAUUUAGAAAAAAGUGAUGAUUCUUUUUUAAUAUGCUUUUUAUUGGAUGUCCACCCAUCAGAAAAGAAAAGGAAGAAAAACGGAUUUAUAUAUGAAAAGAUGGAAGCAACUUCCAAGAAGAAUAUAAUCAAUAUGGAGUCUAUCCUUAGGGAUGAUUGUGUGUUAUUUUAGUGCAAUUGUGAGAAUUUUCUGCUAAUUUUUCAUAUUAAGUUUUGAAUGUAGCAAAUAAAGUGUGAAAAUUUAAUAUUGGAUUCCAAAUCCGGGCGCCAUUUAGGAGCGAAUUAUAAAAAAAAAAGAAUUUAAAACAAAUAAAAGGAGGUUUUACCCGCAUCUUCUUCUGUGUUCAAACGUUUAGCAUAAUUUUAAUUAAAAAAAAAGGAUUUUCAUCUUCCUGAUAUUUGUGGAAUACAAAGAUGUCAUCCAGUCAAACGCUGAUAGGCACUCGAUCAACAUAACUCAAAAUAAAAAAAAUAAAAAAAAAAUAUUAUAAUAGACAACGCAUUUAGCUUAAAAAAUCCGAAUGUUAGCAAAAAGUUCAAUUAUUAUUAUUAGUAUGAAAAUGAAUAUACAUUACUGUAGUGUAGAUAUUAAAUAGCAUAUUUUAUAAUAAAAAAAAAACAAUAUGCUAUUUCCCACAUCGUGUGGCCCUGGGCCACCAGCAACAACAAUAAUAUCCAAUGAUUUGGAUUUGAAUGCAAAAGAAUGCACCGGAUAUCAAAUGCAUAAUACUGAUGACCACCAUCACCGGAAACAGCAAAAACAUCAACACCAACAACAACAAUUACAACAACAAAACCUACACCAACGUCAAUCAACAACAACAAUACCAUCUUGGAUUUUAACUUUAAUCGUAUUUUUAUCUUUAUUCAAUUUGCAUCAGGUCACGGCCGAAAAGAGCAAACAAUAUUACAUGCAUUCAUUGUGUAAGAAUCAUUUUCUACAACAAUUAUAUAGAAAAAUCGAUGGUGCAGUAUUGUGGUCACAAAAUGAACGCAAUCUUGAUUGCAUUAUAACAUUCCAAACGCAUUCGAUAUUGCAAAGAUUUAUGCUGAGAUUUGAUAUGUUGCAACUAGAUUGCAAUGAUCAUUUGUAUGUUUAUGAUGGAGCGCAUGCUGUGGCAACACCAAAGGUUGACAUAUCUUGUAGGAAUACCAAGCAAACGGUCAGUUCAAUUUUGACUAGAACGAAUUUCGUUACGCUCAAGUAUGUCACUGAUGGUUGGGGAACAGAUGCGAAUGGUUUCAAAUUAGUGAUAACAUCUGUGAAAGAUCCAAAACACACGUGCAAAGAUUUCACGUGCUCGCAAAGAGAAUUUUGUAUUCAUCCGGAUUUAUUGUGUGAUGGUAUUAACCAUUGUGGCGAUAAUUCCGACGAAUCAGUUAAUAAUUUAUGCCACAACCAAACGUCAAGUACAGUCCUCGGUCUGGACCUGACAUGGUUUGUUUUGAUCACAGUUUGUGGUUUGCUGAUAAUAUGCACUUGUAUAGCCGGUUGGGUUAUUUGUAUUUGUCGUCGAAACGGUACAAAUGGCAACCAAAAUACGUCAAUACAAUUGCAUCAUGCAGCUGAAACGAAUGGCUCAUCAAAACUGUUACACGGCACGCUAUCACGUGAACAUACAACACUGCCGAAUUCGGGAAACUGGCAUCACCCUGCGGGACCAUCAGGGUACCACCGCACUCAACACAAAUUAUUGAAGAUGGCCACCAAAGUCCGUCCCAUUUGGUGCUUGGUAAAUUCCGGCAAUUAGGUCAAGAUAUCUCCCAAACAACAACCACAACAUCAGCAUCUGGCAAUUCAAAUGCACAAAAAGAUGAAUGGUUCGUUUGAAAUGUUUUGUUGUACAUUUUUUCUUCGACAUAUUUUUUUUUUUUUUAAUUUUAUUUUGAAAUAAAAUGUACAAAAAAAACCGGAGAUAACGAUGACAAAACUGCAGAAGAUAAACCUAGUUACUGACCAAGUUAAAAAAUAAAAAAAAAACUAUAAUACCAACUAACAUGAACAUAGCAACAAUAAGGCAAUGGAGAAGAAGAAAAAAAUAAAUCAGAACUUUAACAAAAUAAGUUCAUCGUAAACACACAAGAGGGCGACACACAAUUGAAAAUGUAAAAAAGAGGGAAUUCAAUUAUAUUGGCAGGAAAGGAUUUAAGACGAAUUCUUGUCCUCAUUUUGUUAAAGGAACUCUUGACCUAUAUUUGAACGUGUCAAUCAAUUAUCGUUUUGUUGGGAAUAUUUAAAGCUGUUGUUGUUAAUAGUUUUUUUAGUUCUCUUCGAAACAAAAAUAUCUUCUUGAUGGGUUUAUGAAAUGGACCGUAAAUUGCUAUGCACUAAAUGAAGACUGUAUCAAAAAUUUGUGGACAUCACCGCGCAGGGUGUGCUUAAAAAAAUUCAAGAGAUAAAGUACCCAAAAUCUCUUCGUCGAUGGACUAACACUCGGAUAACCAUCGCAUUUGUAAAUAUAUAUAUAAAAGAAAAAUAAACAAUUAAAUACAAUUACAUAACUAAAAAAUGAACAACCAAAAAUUAAAAAAAAAAAAAAUAAUAAUAAAAUAAAAUUAAAACAAUUACAAUUUAAGAAAAUUGUAGCCUAUAAGACACUCUUUUUUACAAAAAAAAGUAAACCAUAGUAAAAAAACCAAACCAAAAAAAAAAACUUUAAACAAGAAACCAAAAAAAUGCACACCAAAAUUUCAGUUAUACUUUUAAGUUGUAUUCCAAAUUUUAACCAAAAAACAAAUUAUAAUUUUGUUAAUUUUCUCAAUAGAAAUUAUAUAAAAAAUAGUUACCUACGAGACUUCCAAACAAAAAAAUAAUAAACAAAAAAACAAAAUCCCUCAUCCUCAUAGUACACAAAAUAAAAAAGGAAUAAACAAAUAAGAACUAAAUUUUUUUUUAAAUGCUAAGUAUACAUGUAAAAUUACUAAAUAAAAUGUAAUAUUUAAAGAAAAAAAAAAAAUAAAGUAAAAAAAAAAACAUAAAACAAGGGAUGUAAAUAGUUGACAAUACAAAAAUAUUUUUUAAUUCAAAACGACUUUUUUUUGAACAACAAAUUUAAUUCAAAAUAAAAAAAAACAAUACUUUUUCUACAUUAAUACAAGUUUAUUUAACAUCUAAAAUUUUGUUUUAAAAAUAUUAUUAUUUGGCUACUUAAAAAGAAAUAAGAUCAAUUUUAAUGAAGAGGAAGUUAUUUGAAGAGAAGAAGAAAAAGAAACAAAAAAAAAAAAAAACAUACAAAAAUUAUAAACAAAAUGAGACAUAUAGGACG